UGGUAAGGUAACUAAGGUACCUGCCCUAUAAACUACUGUAAUAUAACACCUCGUUCUAACUUUUGUUCGGUUAAAUUAAACCAUAGUUAGAAGUAUAGUUAAAGCGAACAGGUUCAAAAGUUAAAACAAUGCGCAACCCGACACAAGCGAGACACGCUCUGUCGCGUCUAUUCAUUCGUUAUUAUAUAAGAUUGCAUCGCGUACGUCUGUCCGUCAGUGUUCGAAGUGUUUGUUAUAGUUAACACUGUUUUAACUUCUACCAAUAGUGAUUUUAUUUUUUAAUUUGUGUACAUUCUAAGUUUUACGUCUUUGGAUUAAUAUCAUCAAUCUUAUCAUGUCGAUUUGACUGGUCUGGUGAAAUAUAAAAAAAAACGACUUUCCAAGGGUAGAUCAUCAUUUUAAUCGAAAAACAUGUCGUACCCUCAAACUGGAAAAAGACAAAAAGUGAGAGAUGCAAAAGCGGCUGAAAAUGUGGAUUAUUUUCAAGGCAUAGACAAAAUAGAGUACAACAACAUGGCGGCGAGCACAGAUACCAACCAGUUCCGAUAUUAUAACAGCAGUGAACGAGUGCAUUCGCGCAGUAUGGAGGACUGGCUCAAAUAUAGUCUCUCUUUUACUGACUUUAGGAAUUUUGGUACAGAUACCCAUAGUAGAGCCACAGUAAACCGCCCAUGGGAUGACAACACAAACACCAUAGACAAUUACAAACGCUGCAUCAAAGCGUUCUAUGAUCUAUGCACCAAACUGGGGGUGAAGUACUGGACCGCUUUCGAUACGGAUCUAGUUCCACAGACAGACAACUGGGAUGAAAAUAAAAGUCAUUGGGACGAUAUCGUGGAGUAUAUAAGCGAAUUGACACAGAAAUGUCAAGUAAAACUACUGUGGAUGGCGCCGGACCUACAUUCACACCCUAGAUAUGUAUGCGGUGCUUUCACAAGCAACGAAUCUACCGCCUUCGUCCAAGCCGCAACACAGAUCAAGAAAUGUCUAGAAGUGUCUCAGCGUUUGAGCGCCGAGUGCUUCCUUCUGUGGCCGUACAGAGAAGGGUACGACGCCAUCUUCCAGACCGAUGUUGCCAGAGAGAUAAAAUUGUUCGCCAAACUACUGAAGAUUACCGCUGAAUAUAAGGAUAGGCUAAAUUAUAGGUGUCAAUUGCUAAUAAUGCCCUACCACGGUAACUUUGGUAGGAAUCGCAGCAGCGUCGGUAGCUUAGCAUGGCAACCCUCGGGCGCGGACGACACGCUCCACAGAUACAUGUGGGACCUCACCAGUUGCCUGUAUUUCCUCAAACACCAUACCCUGGACAGAUAUUACAAGGUCGUCACUCCGCCUGGACACCAUAUGUAUAUGGCUAACGUGUACAGUAUGUUCGGCGGGGUGACCAUCACAGACAGGUUCAACUGCUCGGAUGCCAAAGCCGCCGCUCUGAUGAUGAAGUGCAUCGUUGACCAGGGCGCAGCGCCCCCCGCCGGCGUGGCGCUGCAGCUGCGUGCGCGCUUCGGCGAGCUGCGCGACGUGCUGGCGUUGCACGUCCGGUUCAUGGACUCGUUCGCGCGCGCGCUGCGGGCGGCCGGCAGCCUCGUGGCCGACCAGCUGUUCGCCAAACAGCUGCAGCAUCGCUACGCGUCGUACUAUAGCGGGUUCGGUGCCCGGCUGGUGAGCGGGGACGUCUCCAUCGAGGAGUGCGAAGAAUUUUACAAAAAGAAUCAAACCCACGAACCUACCUGCACGAGGUCGGAACAUUACCACGUGGUGUUUCAGAGAUACCUCGACGCGUGCGAACAUAUAUGAUAUACGACCUUUAGUGGAGACACCAUGGAUUGCAUUACCAUAGAGUAAAGAAUAUUAUGGCUCAAACGAAUUAUUUUAGCCUGUGGCGAUAUUCACUAUCGA